AGUGUGGCAGUUGCUGACCUCUAUGGUCGCCACUGCUUUGCUGUUGUCUCCUAGCAACUGGAACAAACGGUUGACUCAAGCAUCCUGUUGCUAGGAGACAAGCAUCCUUAGCACUACCCUGUCUUUUUUAGCAGAGGGAGCUGGAUCCCUUUGGUCAGCUGUUGCAAGAGCUUGCCCUAAUGCCAGUCAACGUGUAUCCUGCCCCUUGGUAUAAAGAAAAAUUGCCUUCCAAGUGUUUUCAAAAACAGGCCAGUAACAAAGAGAGAUUCUCUGAUUCUCUCAACGCUCAGCGAUGGAAAUUCCUGAAAAAUGGCCUGGAUGAUUUCAGAAGUGGCUGCCCUCCACCUUCGGACAACAUAAUAAUUCAAGGCACAAAAGGGCCCAUGCCGAUAAUCCUACAGUAUAAGAAACGGGAUACUUCGCAGAUUGUCUCGUACAAAUCCAGAGACUUGCUGAGUAAGCACAAAGUACUUCGCUCCAGACUUCCUACACCUCAGAAAGCCAAGGCAGACAACAUUACUCAGACCAAGCAUACCCAGGUACAACACCCACUGGCACUUUAUCCACAUCUGGAAGAGAGUGUGCCUCCAGAGCUUUUUGAUGACGUUAUGAAGCUCCUGGACCCUGGGAUGCAGCUGACUCGAACAUCCCCAGAUUAUAGUAAAGAGGACGCGGCUAUCCCUUCGCCUACUCAAUAUCGUGUGAAGUAUGAUGGGGCCCCAAAGAGAAGCUACAGCUCCACCCUUCCCUGGAUGCAGAAAAAAAAGAACCCCUACACCUGGUUUAGUAAGAAAGAGGUGUCGGAGAGACAACAGGCAGCCAAAAUAGAUUACGUUCCCCCCCUGGAUGAAAACGUCAAGCGGGUAACAAAGGAAUUUUGUGAAUGGGUUAAUGCAAUGGGAGGAGAGAAAUAUAAUAUUGAUGAAGACACUAUCAUGAAGCUCUUUGACACGAGGUACGAAACGGAUAUCAAGACAGCCCUGCCCCUUAAAAUAGUGGAGCUGUAUCAAAUACCAGCAGAGCUGAGACAAUACCUGGGGAGGCAUCGGUUCCGGAAGAGGAGUCCCACAAAGCUAACCCCUUCUGAGCCCAAGUGGGAAAAGAUUAAAUAUGGAGCCUGGUACCUUCCCCCAAAGACAUGGAAAAAGAAGCGAGCAACUGAGAAGGAAGAAAUUCCUGAAUGUCUGCAAAUCUUCUUGAACGCCAGGAAGAAGAUUGUCCAAAAGGCCGAGGCAGAAUUAGAAUCGUCACUGCAUGGAACGUAUGCCUUUGAACAAUUCCUUGAAAGGAAAGGCUACAGGAAGCCUCAGUUUCUUAUGCAGAUGUUGGCUGCAAGUCGUUCUGAUAAAAUAGCUGAAGACAGUGAGCUGCUAUCCAGGAAGCUUUCAAUGAAGAUCCUUCAAGAAUUUAGAUCACAGUCUUCCGCAACCAUUUAAGUUUCUAUUCUGCUCCACUGGUGACAGUUUUAACCUUUGUGAAACAAAGCAAAAAAACAAAACAAAACCCACCCAUCAGACAGAGCUCUUGUAUGUUCCCACUCAUCUUCCUUAGCAGAUGUUGAGUCAGCCCCAGUCAAAGGCAGAGAGAAAUAAGCCAAGAAAAUUAAAGGAACAUAACAAGUUCAUCCAUAAAAUGAUUGGCCUUAUGCAUUAAAUGGUGGGUGGAAAGUUUUUUUUUUUUCAGAAUAGUAUGCGUUAGGAGAAAAUCAAUUUUAAAUAUAAAAGUAACAUUUACAGUGUUAACAGAAUGGGAAAAAUUCCAUGUAGCUUGUUUUCAUGCUGGGAAUGUUCAAUAAAACUUCUUCUGUUGUUAUAUGUGCUUGA